AUGGUCCGGCCUGCGCGCACGGGGCGGUUCCUGGGCGCGGGCAGCCUUCUGGGCCCGCUCGCCCGCCGCUCUCACACCGAGACCUCCCGCUCCCCAGCUACGGGGCAGGCCCUUCACCCGUGUUUUCCAGGGCUGCAAACCCGGCCCCCCCGCCACGCUCCCGUCCUGAGAGGGCUGUCCAUCUCCGGAGCUGCCUCUCCUCCCUCCCCAAGUAACCCCACUUCCAGAACGGCCUCCUUCCCUAGCUAUUUCAGCUAUUUCCGCUGCCACUCCCCCGACCUCCAGCGCCCGCCAGCGCUGCUCGAGUACACAGCCUUCCUCCGCAGCUACCAGUGCAGACCCAUCCUUUCCCUCGAUCCUCGCUCCGGGCGCCACCAGCUUGCCCCAGCUCUUCCGCGUUACCUACCCUGGGAGCGUCGGGGCGCGCGGGAGCCCUGGGGCUUUCUUCUCUAUCGAUUUUCCUGUGGUAAAAUCAACUUUACCAUCCUUUGGGUAAAAAUUCAAAGGAAAAAGGGGCGGUGCAAAGAACACUGGCCGCCCCUUCCAUGCCCUUUUUUGAGCUUCCGACCACAGGCAUGCUGGGAACGUCAUAUGCAAAUUAGGCGGCACUACGCCCCGCCCUUUCUACCUUGGGGCGGUUACCAAAUCGCCGCAGUGCGCAGGCGCGGGAAAGUUGAACUAAUUAAGUUUGUAAAACGUGAGUGGAGGCGGGGGCGGGGACGGCGGGGACGGCGACGGCGGGGACGGCGGCUGCGGCGGGGCCCUGCAACAGCUGCCUCCAUGGCAGGCUCAGAAGAGCUGGGGCUCCGAGAGGACACGCUGAGGGUCCUAGCUGCCUUUUUGAGGCGGGGUGAGGCUACCGGGUCCCUCCCCGCAUCUCCACCCAGGAGUCCUGCCCAAGUGGAGCCCACGGACUUCCUGAGCCGCCUUCGGAGAUGUCUUCCCUGCCCGCUGGGCCGAGGAGCUGUUCCUCCUGAGUCCUCUCGGCCUUGUUCCUUGCCCCUCCGCCCCUGCUAUGGCUCAGAACCUGGCCCAGCUACCCCUGACUUCUAUGCCCUGGUGGCCCAGCGGCUGGAACAGCUGGUCCAAGAGCAGCUGAGAUCUCCACCCAGCCCAGAGUUGCAGGGCCCCCCACCCACGGAGAAGGAAGCCCUGCUGCGGAGGCUGGUGGCCUUGCUGGAGGAGGAGGCAGAGGUCAUCAACCAGAAGCUGGCGCUGGACCCCGCCCUGCGCGGCAAGCUGGCCCGCCUGUCCACUGGCUCCUUUGCCCGCCUAGUGGAGCUGUUCUCCAGCCGGGAGUGCAGCCCUGGCCCGAGACGCACCAGCCCUUCGCUGCCGUGCCCCGGGCCCCCGCCGCCUUCCCCGGAGCCCCUGGCCCGCCUGGCCCUGGCUAUGGAGCUGAGCCGGCGUGUGGCCCGGCUGGGGGGCACCCUGGCCGGCCUCAGCGUGGAGCAUGUGCACAGCUUCACACCCUGGAUCCAGGCCCAAGGGGGCUGGGAGGGCAUCCUGGCCGCGUCCCCGGUGGACCUGAAUUUACCCUUGGACUGAGCCGGUCAUCAGAAGCUGCUACAAGCCUGGACCUCAAGCCCCACACUCUUCCUUUGCCUUUCCAAUUUUUCUUCCUCUACUCAGGGCUGUGGGGCGGUGGCUGCCCUACCUGAUUGCCAAAAGGAAUUUGUCUUGAACUUUACAUAUUAAAGGCUUUUUAAAAAAGAGUAUGUAAAAGAAAAAAA